AUGCCCCAACCUCCAAUACACUCAGCCCCAAAACCCAAACCGAAAAUAGAGUUGAAUAUGUUAAACACACGGGUGUUUCUCAUAGGUAAUAGAAAAGCUAAACAAGAAAGAAAUCGUCGAAACUAAAUGAUAUUGCGGGUUCUCGUCGCGGUAAAUAAUAGCUAACUAACUAAAUGAAAUCUUAGAAGGAUGAAAGUGUUGGAUCUCCUGUGAAAUUUAAAGAUCAGAAAUGGCAAAAUGGAUUCAAUGGCAGUGCAAUGCAUAUGAAAAGCUUCAGCUAAGGAAAUUGUUACAAAUCAAACAAAGACUGAUGUUCAACUCCGUUCAAAAACCAUAGAAAGCAUUCAUCAACAGCAGACUCGAAUUUCCCAGCAGCAUGCAACACUUUCAUCAUCUAUAUAAUAAAAAAUGGAAUCGAAAAAAAUCGUCGCGUUUCGGGUUCUAACGGUUUCGCGUUCGCGUAUUUUCGUCGCUCGUUCGUAAUCGUAAUCGUCGUUCGUGGUAUCUCGUCGGGUAAAAAAAUUAAAAAAAAAAAUGGAAAAAAGGAUAUAAUACAAGGAUAACGAUAAUAUUGCAACUGUUACUGAUACAAAUUUACUGAUACACUUAAUGAUAUUCAUAUGCUAUACAAAAUUAGGUGUUUUUUUACGCAUUGUGAAAGCGAAAAGCAAAGCAAAUAGGGAAAAGUUAAAAAAUUGAGAUUAGGAUUUCGUUGAGUAAUUUAUUUAUUUUCCAUUAACUGAAUACAAAAGCAACCAUUGACUGAUCACUUUUUAAAGUAUUAUUAUAUAAUUUUUUGUUUGUAUAGGGACAAGUGUAAUUAAUGAACUAUUAUUAUUUUCUUCAAACUUUUUUAUAUCAUUUGUAUAGGCUCGUGUUUUGCGUAAACUCUUUAAUUUACGAUCUUUGUACAGAACAAAUUUUUUACAAUUAUAUGAUUAGGUGUAAAGUGUACUACUAAAUGAAAACAAAAGUCUUUGAAAUUGUCGCGGAACAACUAAAAAAUACGAGAAAUAAAACUAGGGAAAACCAAACUCAGUCAAAUACAAAUAAAUCGAUGAUUAUGAAGCGGAAGAAAACUAAGUAAAUCUAAGUAAUAGUAUUAUGUAAUUAUGCAAACCGUGUUUACGUUUGUGUUUUUAUUUCGUUUCGAAAAUGGGGGAACGUGUGAUAAUAAAGUAACUUCGGGUCGUUCGUUCGCGUCGCGUUAAACUCAAUCAAUUUAAAAACUAACAAUAAGGGACUUUCGCCCCCGAGUCCCAAAUAAUAAUCGCAAUACUUAAUAACUACAACUACGGUCUAACUAAAGCGGAAGCAAAGCAAUUGCUAAAACUGAAACUAAACAAAACUAAAAUGGAAAAUCGUGAUUUCGUUGUACCUUAAUCCGGAUUCAUCGCGGAAUCCGGUCGCGUUCGCGUGCGUUUGUAUCUCUCUCGGGUGAUCUUAGUGAUUAGCGUUUAAGCAGGAAAAAAUGAAAACAAAAAAAUGAAUCAACACUACAACUACACACACACACAACAUUGAACAUAUACACACCACACAUAUACAAUAAUAUGAAAUAUAUUUAUAGAUUUUAUGCAGAAUAGGUUUUUGUUCAAAAUAUUUUUUUUUUCAUUACGAUAGGGCAAACCAAAAAAAAAAGUAGGGAACAUCAAAUAAACUAAAUGUUAGGUCAAGAAACAAAUUAAAACAGAAAUCAAAAAUAAUUUGGUAUUUCUUAUUUAUUUCAUUAUUAUCGUGUGUAUGCUAUUAAAACGAUGAAGAGAACAUACCAACUGUUUUUAGUCCUUUACACAAUUAUGAUAUUUCCACUUCUGUUGUUUCUUUAAGUAAAUCAGGACCAAGCCUAGUAAAUAUUGUUUUACACUUUUCGUUCAUUGAACAUUCAACUCUGAUAGGUUUAUAUCCCGUAAUUCUUUAAGUUUAAAACCCAUGUAUAGGCUAAAUCAAAUGUUCUGCAAAUGUCUAACGAAAUUGAAUAUAUAUAACGCGCCUGUAUUCAUCAAUAACAACAUACGCAUAUAUAUGAAAUACAUGCAUGUAUGUUUAAUCCCUACAUCAAACUACAUGGAUUAGAGAUUGUUCUUCUGGAGUUUAUAUAUUUGUUUGACUUAAACUCCAUUUCAAAAUUCAGCUAUCGAGAUUUCUGUAAAUUAAAAAGUAUAUAUGAAUAAAUAUGUAUGUAUAACAUUACCAUCAACAUAAUGCCUUUCAUGCGGCGGUAAAAAAAUUAUCUGGAGGCAAUAUAAGUUGGCCAAGAACAUAGUGUCAUUCUCUGUCACUCCAUUAGCCUUUGGCAGACAUUACCCAACAUAUACAAUUAUUACAAACCCAUAUAACUCUCGCAUCAGCUGCAAAAUGGCGUGGACACCACGGGAUGAAGGGCUGCAGCAGCUCCUCCCUAUAAUCAAGGUCUCGCAGUCUCCGCACAGAGACACGCAGCUAGCCGUGGAAAUGAAGCUGAAGGAAUUCAAUUGCUACCCGGACUUCAACAACUAUCUUGUCUAUGUGCUCACUAAACUGAAGACGGCGGACCUGGAAACGCGCUUGAUGAGCGGACUGAUCCUCAAGAACAACAUCCUUAAGCAAAGCACAAACCUGCAGCCAGAGUUCGUGGAGUACAUCAAACACGAGUGCCUGCAGGCAGUAGGAGACCCAUUGCCGCUCAUCCGUUGCAUAGUGGGCAUCCUAAUUACCACCAUCGCCAGCAAGGGCGGUCUGUACAACUGGCCGCAGCUGCUUCCAUCUCUCUGCGAAAUGCUCGACAACCAGGACUACAAUGUGUGCGAGGGAGCCUUCAGUGUCCUGCAAAAGAUUUGCGAGGAUUCCGCCGAGAUUUUGGACUCCGCAGCGCUCAACAGACCGCUGAACAUAAUGAUUCCAAAGUUCCUGGAGUACUUCAAGCACAACAGUCCAAAGAUCCGCUCCCACGCCAUUGUCUGCAUCAACCAGUUCAUCAUAAACAGAUCUCCGACCCUGAUGCCUCACAUAGAUAGCCUCAUUAAGAAUCUUAUACACGUGUCCUUGGAUGUUGACCCCGUGGUUCGCAAGAACGUUUGCCACGCAUUUGUGUGUCUGAUGCAGGUGCACAGUGACCACAUGGUACCGCACAUGUGCCAGAUUGUUGGGAACAUUUUGUUGUGCUCCCAGGACGACGAUGAGGACGUAGCUCUGCAGGCCACCGACUUCUGGCUGUCAUUGGGAAUGCAGAGAAACUGCAGGGAUAUGCUGGCUCCCAUUUUAUCCCAGUUGGUCUCAGUUCUUGUGCGGCGAAUGCAAUACUCGGAAAUCGACAUUAUUUUUUUAAGGGGCAAUGUAGAUGAAGAUGACGAGGAGCCUGAUAGAGAGCAGGAUAUCAGUCCACGUUUCCACAAGUCCCGUGUACACUCAAUAAAUACUGAAUCGGAUGAAGAUGACGAUGAUAAUUCGUUUUUGGAUUGGAACUUGCGCAAGUGCAGCGCUUCCUCCCUCGACAUGGUGGCUAAUAUUUUCCACGAGGAUUGCUUACCCGUCGUGCUGCCCAUCCUAAAGGAGACGCUGUUCCACCAAGAAUGGCUGAUCAAAGAGAGUGGUGUCUUGGCCUUGGGAGCUAUCGCCGAGGGCUGCAUGCAGGGCAUGAUCCAACACCUGCCAGAGCUGAUUCCCUACCUGACUAGCUGUCUGUCCGACAAAAAGGCACUGGUGCGCUCCAUUACAUGCUGGACGCUCUCGCGAUACGCCAACUGGGUUGUCAACCAGCCGCACGACCAGUACUUGAAGCCGCUCAUGGAAGAGCUCCUGAAGCGCAUCCUGGACUCGAAUAAGCGCGUUCAGGAAGCUGCAUGCUCCGCCCUUGCCACCCUAGAGGAGGAGGCCUCCACGGAACUGGUGCCCUACCUGGAGUAUAUCCUAAAGACUCUCGUCUUUGCCUUCUCCAAGUACCAGCACAAGAAUCUACUGAUACUGUACGAUGCCGUGGGUGCUUUGGCUGCCUCCGUCGGUCAUAAUCUGAACAAACCGCAAUACAUUAACAUCCUAAUGCCUCCGCUAAUUGAUAAGUGGAAUCUGCUAAAGGACGACGACAAGGAUCUGUUCCCUUUGUUGGAGUGCCUGUCGAGCAUCGCCACUGCCUUGCAGUCCGGCUUUCUGCCCUACUGCGAACCGGUGUAUCGCAGGUGCAUCUCCAUUAUUGAGCAGACUAUUAACCAGGAAAUGCUGUGUGAGCAAAACCAAUCGUACGACUUUCCCGACAAGGAUCGCAUGAUAGCUGCCCUAGAUCUGCUGUGUUCCCUAGCCGAGGGAUUGGACCGCCACAUCGAGCCACUGGUGGCCAGCAGCAAUGUGUUGCAUCUGCUACACCAGUGCGUGCUGGACGUUAAGCCUGCAGUACGCCAAUCGUCGUUUGCCCUGCUGGGUGAUUUGAGCAAGGCCUGUUUUUCCCAGGUUUACCCCUUCAUCACCGAGUUCUUUUUGAGCUUGGUGCAAAACCUAAGCCCUGACUUUAUUGAGGUGUGCAACAAUGCAACUUGGGCCUUAGGGGAAAUCUGCUUGAAAAUGGGUGAGGAAACCAAGCAGUAUAUACACCUUGUGCUUAGCAACCUGAUGAUCAUAAUCAACCGGCAGACUCUGCCAAAAACUCUUCUGGAGAAUGCGGCAAUAACAAUUGGGCGCCUAGGAUAUGUGUGUUCAGAUGAAGUGGCUCCCUAUUUGCCCGAAUUUGCACGGCAGUGGUGUACGAUACUACGUCAAAUACAGGACAACAGCGAGAAGUAUUCGUCCUUUAUGGGAAUGUGCCAUAUGAUCAGAUUGAAUCCAGAAGGCGUGGUGCCCGACUUUAUAUUCUUUUGCGAUGCCGCUGCCUCGUGGGAGAAUCCUCCACAGGAUCUGCAACAGAUGAUUCAAAAUAUUCUACAAGUCUUUAAGAACCAAAUGGGUGAGGAGAAUUGGCAAAGUUUCUCGAAUCAAUUUCCAUCACCUUUAACCUACCGGCUAAACUACCUGUACGACAUCUGAAACUUAUAACUUAUUUAGAAUCAGGUGCCUUACGUUUAGCUUGCUUAAACCUUCAUUCUAAAUUAACGUUGACAUUGAGAGCUGAACUAAAAGAAAACUAUGUAACAAAAACGCGGAAACGUGACGAAAAAAGUGGUCAGCAAUUGAGUAAUAUUUAUUACGAUAUUUUAAUGUUUUAGAAUAUAUUUUAUGUAAGUAAAAUCGAAAUAAAUAUAUUUUCUUGUUUUACACCUAACCCAUUUACCUAAAA